GCUAACUUCAACAAUGUUUAGCACAAUAAGUUACUUAAACCUAAUCGCGCGACCACAGCAGUCACAAAGAAAAUGUUUACGAAAAUUACUCUCCUUAUGAUGGUCUUCUACGUUGUGGCUGCCCACGGACCACCGCGAGAUAGAGACAAUGAAGAUAUCGCUAUGGGGCGGAAGAUGGGUGCCAAAUGGUGCAGCAUGGCCAAAGUAUGCAACCACGACCGUAUACCAAUCUGUGGUGUUAGCCAUGCUGGUGACGUCAUGGGAUUCCGCGAUCUGUGUGACAUGUUCGACUAUAACUGUAUAAGGCGGCGAAAUUAUAAACAGACUGGAUGUCCUCAAGACAAAUCUAUUCUGACUGCAUCUCGUCGACCAACCAACAGCUAUUAUGAUGAUUAAAAAUUGAAUAUUCACCAACUACAAAGUUAAAUAAAUAUGUAUAAGAAAAGUAAAUAAAGUAAUCCCUAUUUUUAUUAACCA